AUGCUUGAUCUCUUUUGGACGCUCCUUCGCAAGCGAUCCAUCCUCCCUUACCGCCACAAUGUCGUUGGAUCUUCCAGGGAAGCUAUCAUACUCGCCUUAGAAAACGCUAUUUCGGAAAACGCCAGCUCAGAGCCCACCUUGCGCUCCUUCACCACCAGCCAGGAGAAGCCUCAUCUCUUGGGUGUGUUCACUGGCCAAGGUGCUCAAUGGCCUGGCAUGAUGAGAUCGCUCAUCUUAGCGAUACCUCAGGUUCGCGACAUCGUGAUUGAGCUUGACCGCUCGCUCCAGACAUUGCCUGUCGAAUACCGCCCUUCUUGGACCCUGUACGAGCAAUUUUUGCUCGAGGAUGAGGCCUCCAAUGUUACCAAAGCCAGCUUUUCUCAACCGCUUUGCUGCGCUGUACAGAUUGUUCUGGUGCGGCUACUGGCAGCUGCUGGUGUUGAGUUCACCACGAUUGUCGGUCACAGUUCAGGCGAGAUAGCGUGCGCCUUCGCUGGAGGCUUCAUCAGCGCCUCACAGGCCAUCCGAAUUGCUUACCUCCGAGGCCUUACAUCCAAGUAUGCGAGCUCCCCGAACGGGGGCGAGGGAGGCAUGCUUGCGGUAGGAACUUCACUAGAAGAUGCACAGGAGCUGUGCGAGCUGGAGAUGUUCCAAGGCCGUAUCUGCGUUGCUGCUAGCAACUCGCCUGACAGCACCACCAUAUCCGGUGAUGCAGAUGCCCUUGCAGAACUGCAGACUAUCUUGGAGGAUGAGUCCAAGUUUGUCCGCAUGCUCAAGGUCGAUAAGGCUUACCAUUCACACCACAUGCUCUCUUGCUCGUCGCACUAUAUCAAGGCUUUGAAGGACUGUGGCUGCGACGUCGCUGAUGGAGUCGGUUCUUCAGUAGCAUGGUACUCCUCUGUGCAUCAGAACAGACGCAUGAAGGCAAGCGACAUCACCGCCGAGUACUGGAAUGAGAAUUUGAUCUCUUCUGUUCGCUUCAUGCAGGCUAUUGAGGCCGCCGCAAUCGAGCAUAAAUCGCUCGAUGCCGCCAUUGAGGUGGGCUGUCACCCGGCUUUGAAGGCACCUUGUCUGGCGACCCUCAAGACUGUUCUCUCCGAGGAAAUUUCUUACACAGGUUGCAUGCAGCGUGGUUCCGAUAAUGUUCAAGCUUUUGCCAGUGCUGUUGGAUGUCUUUGGGAGCGUCUGGGUCUGAACGCCGUCGACCCUAAUAGCUUCAUUACCAAAGUGAUCGCGCCAGGAAAGAGUCUUCGAAGCCUGUCCAAGGCCUUGCCCCGGUACCCCUGGGACCACAGCCGGACUCACUGGAACGAGACACGCGCGAUCAAGGCUCAUCUCUACGGUCAAAAGCCUCAUCUCCUUCUAGGCUCCCUCUCUGCUUCGAGCACCGGUUCGACAUCGCAAUGGCACAACACUAUCCGGCCUAGGGACCACGAGUGGCUGCAAGGCCACGCGCUUCAAGGCCAGGCUGUGUUCCCCGCUGCCGGAUACAUCGUCAUGGCAAUGGAGGCUGCUCUUCAGAUGGCUGGUGGGCGUUCCGUUCAGCUACUUGAGGUGCUUGACAUGAGCAUUGAUAAGGCUGUUACAUUCGAGGACGAGAACAGCCCGGCAGAGCUCAUCGUCGCGGUAGACACCAUUGCCUCUCAGCCAGACCAGAUAAAGCUCAGCUUCACGAUUGACUCAUGUCUUGCCAAAGAGUCAAAGCCGUCAACAUCUGCUACCGGUCAGCUCGUUGUCACAUUCGGGGACUCUUCUACAAAUGUCCUGCCACCCGCAAACGACGACCCUCCGCACCUUACAACAGUCAACAUUAAGAACUUUUACCGCGAACUGGAUGAGCUUGGAUUCGAUUACAGCAAGGAUUACCGCUGCAUCUACAACCUCGCGCGCGCCGAUGCGAAAGCUAUUGGCCACAUGGCCUUCCCGCGUCUGGAUGAUGGAUCUCGUCCAAUCGUGUUGCAUCCAGCUUCUAUGGACUUGGCGUUCCAGACCAUCAUGGGUGCCUAUUCAGCCCCAGGAGAUAAGCGCCUGAGGUCCAUCUAUGUGCCUGUUCACAUUGACCGGAUCAGUCUCGUCCCAGCGCUCUGCGUUUCUGUUGCCGAAUCUGACUCGGCUCCUAUCGUUCACUUCAACACGGCGAACACGUACGAUAAGGGUGACGUUUUGGCCGGAGAUGCCACGGUCUUCUCCUCGGGCGAUGAAAAGCAAGUUCUCUACCGCAUCGAGAACCUGCUCUUGCAGCCACUUUCCAAGCCGUCCGAGGCCGAAGACCAUAAAGCCUUCACCAAGACAGUUUGGGGCCCCUUGAAGCCCGAAGGACUCCUGGACAAUCCGGACCUCUGGGCUACUGAGCAGGACAAGCAAGUGAUCCCCAUCAUUGAGCGCAUCUGCUAUUUCUACAUGAAGGAGUUUGUCAGCCAGCUCACUGAAGAAGACCGCGCCAACGCUACGCUGCCUCACCAGAGAUACAUCUACUGGAAUGAGCACGUCUCGGCCAAGGUGAAGGAGGGAACCUGGCAUGAGUGGUAUGAUCCGUCUUGGGAGUCAGAUACGCGCGAACAGAUCGAGCAGUUGGUUGUAGAGAACUCCUACCACCCUCACGUCAAGAUGGCGAAGAGAGUGAGCGAGAACACCCUCUCAACCAUUCGUGAGAAGAGCAACCCGUUCUUGUGGAUGGACCACGACGGAUUGCUGACGGAGUUCUACACGAGCUACUUGACCAGUGGCCCUGGCUGGCUGUACGGUCAGGAAUUGGUCAGCCAGCUUUGCCAUCGCUACCAGACAAUGGACAUCCUUGAGAUUGGUGGUGGUACCGCUUCGGCAACAAAGUACAUUCUGGACAUCCCGCAGUUGGGCUUCAACAGCUACACCUUUACCGACAUUUCUCCCGCAUUUUUCGAAAAGGCCCAAGAGCACUUCUCAGCACACGAGGAUCGCAUGAUCUUCCAGAAGCUGGACAUCACCAAGAAGCCUGAAGAGCAGGGUUUCAAGCCGCACUCGUACGACAUGAUCAUCGCCUCAUCUGUCCUCCAUGCCACCCCAAAGCUGGCAGAGACGAUGGCCAACGUACGGUCUCUUCUGAAGCCUGGUGGCCAUGUCGUUCUGCUUGAAGCAACCCACCGGGAUCACACCCGUGUUGGCUACCUGUUUGGUUUAUUCCCGGAUUGGUGGGCCGGCAUCGACGAAGGCCGUGAUCUUGACCCCUUUGCAGAUAUCAACCAGUGGGAUGCCAUUUUCAAGCAGACUGGAUUCUCCGGUGUCGACACCCGCACGCUGGACCGACAUGGCAAUCUCUUCCCCAACACUCUCUUCUGCACUCAUGCGGUCAACACAAAGGUCGCGCGUCUCGACGCGCCGCUUUCCGCUCCUCCUACCGACAAGGCACUUCCCCAAAUAAUCGUGAUUGGCGGGGGCUCGGCGAAAUCAGCUAGGAUCUUGGAUGAGGUGCAACAGACAUUGCCCGGUCGGGAGAUCGUUUCUCUCAAGCGGAUUGAAGACGUCCUGGAGUCGAGCAUUCCACCCAAGUCGACGUUCCUUGUCCUUUCGGAGCUCGAUCAUGAGACCUUCUCCGGCAUCGAUGAGGUCAGAUUCAGCGCAAUCAAGUCCCUCCUGGAGCUCGCCGGCACGAUCCUCUGGCUCACUGAAAACGCAUGGAUCGAGAACCCCUACCAGGCCAUGACAGCCGGUAUGCUUCGAUCCGCCCGCCUCGAGUACCCCGCCACCCACAAUCAGUCACUUGACGUUGACGACGCUGAGAAGUUGGACACUAAGUUCCUGGUUGAGCAACUUAUUCGCCUCGAGGAGCCUACCGACUCGAAGGAAGACAUCCUCUGGACACUGGAGCCCGAAGUGUACGUUUCCAAGUCUCGUGCCUACAUUCCCCGCAUCAAGCACGAUAUCCAGAGGAACAACCGUCUCAACUCGAAGCGUCGUGCCAUCACGGCCUCAGUUGACUCCCAUACGAUGCCUGUGACUCUCUUGGCGUCGGAAGACACUCUUUAUUUGGAGUCAUCGGAGACUUUCGGUGCAGACUCAUCCGCGGAGGCGGACUUGGAAGUCAAGAUAGACUUCUCUCUCGGAAACGCUAUCCGUGUAGGCGAUCUCGGAUUUUGGCAUCUCGUACAGGGUACCAUCGUUGGCACGGACAAGGCAGUCAUGGCGCUUUCGGCUACCAACGCGUCCAUCGUCCAUGUUCACCCCAGUCAUGCCUUUAUUCUCCCAGCAUCUGAGAGCGUCGCCGAGAAUGCGUCUGUCCUGCUUUCAACUGCUGCGAGGCUUGUCGCUCAGAGAAUCUUCAAUGGCAUCGCUUCCGGUGCGUCGGUUCUCGUCAUGGAGCCGCCAGGCUUCUGUGUCGAUGCCAUCGUCGAGACAGGGAAGAGCAGAAACGUGCAGGUUCAUUUCGCGACAGCGGGAGCUUCAGUCUCGUCCUCGCUGCCGUGGAUCCGGUUGCACUCCCUGGAGACUGAUGCGGGCAUCAGAAAGGCUCUGCCCGUGAAUCUCGCCGCCUACUAUGAUUUCUCGGAGGGGGCGAGCUCCAUCACCAGCUUGGGCUCUCGUGUAGCCAAACUUCUGCCGCCCGUUUGCCUCAAGUUCGACCGCGGCCACAUCUUCCAAAGCUCUGCUGAAUCCAUCUCUUCACCUGAGCAAGAUGCACUCCAGCGGCCGCUGGUUGAGCAGGCUGUUCUCGCGGCUGCGGCAGAGGUUCCAAAAAUUGCUGCUUUUCCUGAGGUCGAUGAAGAGUCUAGCGUGAAACCUGUCGGCAGCAUCAUUGACUUGAAGGAUGCGUCUGUUACCUCAACUAUCAUUGACUGGAGAACCGAGAGUCGUGUGACAGCACGAGUCCGCGCCGUUGACUCGGGUAAGCUGUUCUCCCUCGACAAGACGUACCUCCUCUUGGGUCUUGCCGGAUCUCUGGGUCGGUCUCUGGCUCGUUGGCUUAUUACGCACGGCGCCCGCCAUGUCGUGAUCUCCAGUCGUAACCCCGAAACCCCUGACCCGAAGUGGUUGGCAGAGAUCGAGAACUUGGGCGGCAUCAUCACCGUUCUGUCCAUCGACGUCUCUAAAGAAGCCUCCAUCGAUGCUGGGCUCGCUCAGAUUAGACAGACGCUGCCGCCCAUCGGCGGAAUCGCCUAUGGUCCGUUGGUACUUCACGAUGCUCUUCUGGCAAGCAUGGACCUUUCCAUGAUGAAUGUGCCCGUCAACUCCAAGGUCGUCGGAGCGCAGAUCUUACACGAACGCUUCUCGAACCAGGCCAAGGAUCCCCUUGACUUCUUCGUCAUGUUCUCGUCGGUUGCGACGGUGGGAGGGAACCCAGGCCAGGCAAACUACACAGCCGCGAACUCGUUCCUCCAAGCCCUCGCUCAGAAGCGUCAUAUUCAGGGCCUCCCCGCAUCGACAAUCGCGAUUGGCGCCGUUAUCGGUGUCGGAUUCCUGUCGCGUACCGGCAGAGAGGAAGAGUUCAAGCUCGCUUCUGACACGGACACGAUUUCGGAAGACGAGUUCCUUACCUUGUUUGCCGAGGCGGUUGUCUCUGGAAGGCGAGCCCCAGGCUCUCAGCCAGUGGCCAUUACAGACAUAUCGGACCUUGAGGUGAUCACCGGCAUUCCCGAGUUCAGUGCCCGCCACAAAGACACCGUCAAGUUUUACGACGACCCGCGGUUCGGAAACCUAAAGGUUCCCGAGAGCCGUGCCAACACGGAUGGCGCCUCGGGGGCUAAGAGCUCUGUCAAGGAGCAGCUACUGAAAGCAAGGACACUGGAUGAGGUUCGCGAUAUCAUCAUUGAUGGCUUGUCGCAAAAGAUGCGCGGCAUCCUGCACAUCCCUGCCGAUGAAAAGGUCAACGCCACGACACCAUUGAUUGACCAGGGCGUGGACUCGCUCGGUGCAAUCACCGUCGGAUCAUGGUUUUCCAAGACGCUUAUGAUUGACAUCCCGCUGCUGAGAGUCGUCAGCGGUGCCUCAAUCGCUGAACUUGCCGAGGAGGCGGCAGGACGACUCUCAAGAGCCGCCAUUCCCCUGAUCGAAUCUGCCGACGGCAUUGUCAGCAGCGAAGAUGAUAGCCGCAGCGGUAGUAACUCGCCCAUUGACACGUCGAAUGCUACAUCGGUCUCAGACUUGAGGGGUGACGACGUCGCCUUGGAUGAUAAGGCGGCCACUUCGCGCCAGAUCCCGCUGUCUCUCACCCAAGAACACUCGUGGAAGCUCCUUCAGCAACUGUCUAAUGAGCCGACUAUCUUCCACAACACCAUUGGUGUGUUCAUGAAGGGUUCAGUAGACCUGGAUAGACUUGAGAAGGCCCUGAACAAGUCCCUCCGCCGUCAUGAGAUCUUCCGCACCGCAUUCUCACCUGAGGGAGAGCAAGUCAUCCUGCCUACCCCGGUCACCCGCGUGCGCUAUGUCGAGGUCAAUGACAGGGCAGCAGCAGAGGAGGCCUACAAGCAGUUGGAGAUUGAAGAGUAUGAUCUUGCCGCAGGUGAAGGUCUCAAAAUUAUCGACUUCCACUGGGCCCAGGACGAGCAUCUGUUCGUCAUCGGCUACCACCGCCUGGUGGGCGACGGCUCAACGACGCAGAAUUUCCUCGACGAAGUUGGCCAACUAUACGACGGCGCGCAACUUUCGGCGCCGCCGCAGUACUCCAACUUCGCCGCGCGGCAGCGAUCCGACGUUCAGAGCGGUCAGAUGGACGCCGACAUCUCGUACUGGACCUCCAUGUACAAGACCCUUCCAGGGGUCCUCCCAGUCUUGUCGCUCCCCAACGCCCAGAAGCAGCGAGACGCAAGCAACCGCGUCGCCUGGAAGCAACACGUCGGCACGCUCCGCCUAAGCGCGAUCCUGGCCUUCCGCAUCCGCGAGCGCUGCAAGAAGCUGAAGGGCGUAACGCCCAUGCACUUCUACUUAGCGGCCUACCACCUGCUACUCGCGCGCCUCUCGACCGCAGCGGACGUGGCCAUUGGUAUCGCUGACACCAAUCGCGCCAGCAUCCAGGACGUCUCAACCAUGGGUUUCUUCGCCAACCUACUCCCCGUCCGCCUCGCGCCCUUCGAGCCGGCGCAGACUUUCGCCGACGAGCUCGAGUCCGUCAAGGAGCGCCUGCGGCAGGCGAUGCAGCACGCCCGCGUACCCUAUGGCGUCACGCUGGACCGCCUCGGCCUCGCGUCCUCGUCGGCGGAGCUGCCGUAUGCGCCGCUGUUCCAGGCCGUCUUCGACUACAGGCAAGGUGCCGCGGAGACUGGACGGCUCGGCGGUGCUUCUUUCACCGAAAUUUGGGCUUCGCGCGAGCGCACGCCGCAUGAUGUUGUCCUGGAGAUGUCGGAUGAUCCGGCCAAGGAGCCGCUCGUCACGGUCAAGCUGCAGAGCUAUCUGUAUGGAGAGGAGGAUCCGAAGGCAUUUUUGAGUGCCUAUGAGGCGACCCUGACCAGCUUCUCGGAGAACACCAAGCUGGCAAUCGCCCAGGAUUGA